GUAGUUUUAAAAGUACCUACUCCAAUUGACUUUCAGUUUCAGCCACUUCAUCUCAAAUAACCAGAAAAAUCACGGUGAUAUCUUUGAAACUGAUCUUCAUCCCAUUCGGCAUCUUCAUGGACCCCACACGGAAAAAAUACGAACGUCCUUACACAUUGGUUUUCCUGUCCGUUUUCCUAGCCUUAUUUUUAGGCCAACUGAUAUGCUACAAAACGCUACACUCGUUGCUGUACGUUCUGGACAACUCGAUGUACGUGAUAGCCACCUUGGUAGCAACGAUUUUCCUACUGAAAGCUCGCCAAGACGAAGGUAUAUUCGAGCAAUUCUAUCGCAACGUAGUAUCGUACGAAUUCGCCGGAGAUGAAUUUUUCAACGAGACCGAUACCAGGCUUAGGAAAUUGGCCGGUGUAUUGGGGCCAAUUAUCGCAUUGAGUUGUAUCGGAAUAAUCGUCUAUCCCAUUAUGAACGCUUCGUUUACCAACGUUGAUCUGGGAUCGCCUUCGACUCUGAUUUAUCUAUCGUCGUAUCCUUGGAAGAUCGACAGUGUGCCGAAAUACGCUGCUACUAUUGUACUCCAACUAUGCUCCGGAUCGGUGGUCUGUUCGGUGGUCGUGUGCAUGAUUUUCUUCCUGCUGUAUUGUAUCGUCGUGUUGGAAGCUCAUUGUAAUAUUUUGACAAGAAAAAUACGUAGGAUUAACGAGCAAGUUUUGUUUGUUGAUUCGGAUUCCGCAGCAGAUUUUAGACGGAAUUGGAAUUACGAUGAUCGAGUGUAUCGUAAAAUUCGAAGUGAAGUUGACGAUAGAGUUGUGGACGAGUUGAGGGAUGUGAUCAAGUAUCAUCAGUUUCUGAACAGGUUCACGUACGAUGUGAUCGCCUGUUGUACUCGUAUCGUGGAUACCAGCACAGCUGCUGUGUUCAGUUGUAUUAUUAUUUUGAUUACGAUUUUUCUGAUGAAUUCCGAUAUAUUGCUGCAACUUUACAAUGUGAAAUGGUACAGAAGAUCGUUAAAAUUUAAAAAACUGUUGCUCACAGUGAUGACCAGAUGCCAAUUAACGUUUCAGCUCAGAGCAUUCAACACUUUGGAUGUUAAUUACCUAUUUUUCACCAUGUUAUUGAAAAAUAUCUACUCGGUGUUGCAAUUUAUAAUACGAAUGCAGAAAGAGAAAAAUGUAUAA